GGCCACCAAGCCACCAUGCGGACUCUGGCGUGCGUGCUGUGCUGGCUGAGCGGGCUGAGCGGACCGGUCGACGCCCAUAGCGAGGACUUCCUUUCGCGGGCCUAUGAGAACAGGACCGAACCCGACUCGCGACAGCUCUACGACUUUAGAAAAACUCACCCUAAGCCAAUCGGAUUGUUCGCUCUGAGCUCCGGAUAUCCAGUCGAGAUAAGGGAAACCAACGCAUUGAAUAGUGAUUUACUGAUGAACCGGUUCUUUCUUGAUAACAUUUUACAUUUCGUCUCCGAAAGAAUACCCGAAAGAGUGGCGGCCGCCAAGGGCACCGCAGCGCUCGGUUACUUCGAGGUGACGAACGACGUGUCGCAAUACACCAAAGCCGAGGUAUUUACCGGCGUCGGCAAGCGCACGCCCGUCGCCGUACGCUUCUCGACCACCGUGCAGAAUCGCGGCGGCGUCGACGCUGCCCGCGAGCCCAAGGGCAUGGCAGUCAAGUUCUAUUCGAAGGAGGGAAACCUCGACCUCUUGUGUCUGAACGCACCCGUCUACUUCUACAAGGAUCCCGAGUAUUUUUUCAGCGUUGUGCACGGCACGCGCCGCAACCCGCGCACCGAUCUGUUCGACCGCACCAUGCGCGGCGACAUGUUCACGCUGCGCUUCGAUGCCAUCAACGCCUUCCUGCGCCUGCUGUCCGACAGCGGCAUCCCAAAUGGCUUCAGGAAGAUGGACGAAUUUCCCAUACAUACCUUCGAGAUAUACAACGCGCAAGGAGAAAAGUAUUUCGUGAAAUUUAAUUUCAGAACCUUGCAGGGCAUAGAGAAUUUACCGUCCGACGAGGCGACGAGGCUGAACGGUCAGGAUCCAGAUUAUUUCGUGAGAGAUUUGUACAACGCCAUAGCCGAGAAGAGGUAUCCAAUGUGGAGAUUGGAUAUGGACGUCCUAACUUUCGAAGAUCUGCUACAUCUAGAUUUUGACCCGUUCGAUGUGACUAGAUUAUGGAAGAAAGGAACUUAUCGCACCGUGACCGUCGGCCGGCUGGUGCUCGACAAGAACCCCGACAACUCGCACCGCGUGGCGGAGCAGCUAGCCUUCAACCCCGCCAACCUGGUGCCCGGGAUAGCCGGGCCCAAGGACCUUCUGUUCAGAGGGCGGAGUCUCGCCUAUCCCGCGACACAGAAUCACCGCUUAGGAAGUAACCAUAACAAGAUCGAAAUAAACAGACCUCUUUAUGAGAAAAAUUAUAAUCGCGACGGAAAUCCUCCGGAGAGGGACAACAUGAAAGACGCUCCGUCUUAUUACCCAAAUUCUUUUAGCGGCCCGGUGCCCUAUGUCGAUGCCGCUCGUCCCAAAGAGCAAAUAAUGGUCUAUGAGAGCAACGCCGUAGAUCUAGAGGACCCCGCUUAUUUUUAUAACCACAUCUUGCAAACGGACGACGAAAGGGACAGGCUUGCGAAUAAUACUGUUGAUUUUUCGCUUCUAACCGCUCCACCGUUCCUCCAGAGACGUGUAAUAAAAUUAUUCUCUUGGAUCUCUCCCGACCUGGGCCGACGAGUGGCGCAGAAGUUGCGGCAGCGGCUAGCGGCCCCCCCGCCGCCACCGCCCCGCGUACUGCGCGCCGCUAGAUGCAGCGCCGCCGGGGACGAGCGCGACUGUGACCGCGACCACGAGGACAUCUCAUACGCAGAACAUCUCUUCCAUUAUUGA